AUGGGCGACGCAGGUGGCUGGAGUACUAUCGAGUCCGACGAGGGUGUAUUCACAUCCCUCAUCGAGACCCUAGGCGUGCAAAAUGUCCAAUUCGAAGAGCUCAUCUCACUCGACGCAGACACAAUACGCUCCCUUGGGUAUGCAUGCACACCCUUCCUCACCCUGUCGUUGAGCUUGCAAGCUCAAGCUCAAGCUCAACCAGACGACGGAAACCAAACUAACAGCCCCUUACUCAGUUCCGUCUACGGAGUCAUCUUCCUAUUCAAAUGGACCCGCGAAGCAGCCGGGGCCCGCGCGGAGGCCCCAAUCGACGGCACAUAUGACGAGACCGCAACAGAGAACAACGUCUUCUUCGCCGCGCAAACAAUCCAAAACGCCUGCGGCACGCAAGCUAUCCUCUCCGUCAUCCUGAACCACGAUAACCCGCCCAAACCCCUCCCCGCCAUCCCGCUCGGCACCGAGCUCGCCUCCUUCAAAGACUUCACAACCGGCUUCCCGCCCGAACUCCGCGGCGAGGCCCUAUCCAACUCGGAGGCCAUUCGCACCGCACACAACACUUUCGCAAAGUCUAGUCCGUUUGCCGAUGAGACGACUAGACCGCAGGAUGAGGAGGGUGGGGAUGUGUUCCACUUCAUUGCCUACACCCCUGUUAAUGGGACGUUGUAUGAGUUGGAUGGAUUGCAACCUCACCCCAUUAGUCACGGACCGUGUGAUACGGCCUCGUUCCCUGAGACGGUGAUUGAAGUGCUUCGCAAGCGUAUUGCUAGAUACCCGCCUGAGGAGACACAUUUUAAUCUUAUGGCUGUUGUGCAGGAUCCUCGGCCGCGGGCGCGGGAGAUCGGGGACGCGGAGACGCUAGAGCGGGAGGAGAGGAAGAGGGCUGCGUGGCAAUGGGAGAAUACUUUACGGAGGUGGAACUUUGUUGGGUUUAUUGGGGAGAUGAUGAAGGGGGUUGCUGGGGCUAAGGAGCGAGAUGGGAAGUAUGAUGAGUGGGUUGAUGCUGCGAAGGCUGAGACGAGGAAGAAGAUUGAGAGCAGGAGAGGUGCUUGA